AUGGAAGAUGCAGAAGAAGAGGACGCAGAAGAGGAUGAAGAGAUCGAUUUGAAGCAAGAAGACGAGGAGGAGGAAGAAGAAGAAGAGGAGGUAUCAACAGAAGAGGAAGAAUCAGAAGUGGAGGAGCAGCAGGAGGGUAAGCAAAGCAAGGAAUCAGGCAAGGCUUCCAAAGCCGAGCAGGGAGGAGCCAAAGCGAAGGCGAAGACCGUGGAGGAGUUCUUCAAGAAGAAGCCGAAAGAGGAAGCCAAGAAUGAAGAGGACAAGGCCAAAAAAGCGCAGAAGGAUGCAACAGACGAGAAGAAACACAAAAAAAAAAAGGAGGAGGAGGCAAAAGAAGAGAAGGAUGAGGCAACAAAGGAGGAGAAGCCAAAAAAAGCUCAGAAGGAUAAGGCAAAGGAAGAGGAGGAGGCCAAGCCCAAAAAAGUGAAGAAGGAUGAGGCAGCAAAGGAGGACAAGCCAAAAAAAGCGAAGAAGGGUGACACAACGGAAGAGGAGGAGGCCAAGCCCAAAAAAGCGAAGAAGGAGAAGAAGGAUCAGGCAACGGAAGAGGAGGAGGCCAAGCCCAAAAAAACGAAGAAGGAUGAGGCAACAAAGGAGGAGAAGACCAAGCCCAAAAAAGCGAAGAAAGAUGAGGCAGAGGAAGAGGAGGAGGCCAAGCCCCCCCCCAAAAAAAAGGAUGCAAGCUCCCAGAUUGAUGCAAAGGUGUCCGAAGGAAAAAAAAGGAAGGUCGAAAGCUCCACCAACGUCGCGAAGAAUAAGAAGCCGAAAAGCGAAGCCCUCGAAAUCAAGGACAAGGAGGAGCAAAGCCAGAAGCCCGAGAAGACAUCCAAAGCCAAGGCUGCCAAAGAUGCAGAGGAGGGAAAGAGUGAUGUGAAGAGUGCAGGCAAGAAAGAAAAGAAAAAGAUCGGAUCCAAGCAGAAGAAGAAGUUGGCCCGAGCAGAGAAGAAGUUGAAAACGGUAAACUCGAGUACCCAUCACACAGAAUACCUGAGGUACAAGCGCUGGAUCAAGAACAGGAAACGAUUCCCCCAGGCCCUUGUUGGUAGGAUUGAAACGGAAGAUGGAAGGGCCAAUCUCUUCCGAGACUACAUAGAGGCCGGGGGGAAGGUGGAGCAGAUCCUCCUGAAGCACGAACAGAUGCUGUCCGAACAGCAGAGGACGAUCCCCGAUCCGGAGUCGCCGGAAGACAAGCUGUUUUUCGUGUUUGUCGAGAUCAACAUCGAUGAUAUUCGCGAGUUGAAACGCAUUACGAAGCUGGAGUUGUCUGGCGGUGUAGAUGCAGAAACCCUGUCAGCCUUCACCAAGGCAGGUGGAGUCCUGGACCCCAAGGCACAGCUUGCGAAUGCAGAUGGAAGGGGCAAUCAGACCGCCAUGAACAAAGCUUUGGAGCUCUCCCAGCUCAACAAGGGCAGCGGAAGCAAACACAGCAAGAAAAACAAGAACAAAGGCGGCAACGGCAACGAUGCUGCAAAGGAAGUGAAGCCCAACGACCCGAUCGACGACGCCAAGGCGUUGCAGCAUGCGGUUUUGAAAGAUUGCAACAUUUGCCGGGAAAAUGCUUUCAAGCUGGCCCCACUGAGAAUGUCGGGACCGCUGAUAUCACAGCUGAAGGCUGUGGCCAAGAUUCUACAGAAGCUGAUUGCUGCGAAGAAGAACAAACGGAAGCAUUCUGCAAAGGUUCAGGAGCUGCAGAAGUUGGCCAAAGAGCGGGUGGAUCUUGCGAAAGCCUUGAUUCGGGCUAGUGCCAAGUCAUCAAAGCCAGCCAAGAGCUCUCCUUCCAAGAGCUCUCCGGGGAAAGGCUCCGGGAGUAAGGACACGGAAGUUUCUCCCAAUAAGUCAAAGUGA